AUUGCGAUAUACAGUAUAAGUAUUAUUUGCUGGAAAUUGUGUAGUUUCAGUACUGUACUGUAAUUACAGGCCUAGUUAUCGAUUAUUAUUUAGAAUAGACACCAACGACAAGGCGUUAAGGUACUCAGAAUUGUCACGACGUUUCAUAGUCUUCAAAGGAAUAACCUAAAUGGAGGCUCUAAGUAAAAAAUCGGCUGAGGAAUUAAUUGCAGAAUUUGGUCUUCAAGAACAUAUUGAAGGGGGAUAUUACAAGCAGACAUACCGAUCCGAACACAGUACUGCAAUAUACUACCUGGUUUCCAAAGGGAGCGGAAUUGUAUGGCACCGCAUUCGGGGAAGAGAUGAACUCUGGCAUUAUUAUGCUGGGGAUCCUAUUGAAGUGUCGCUUGCAAAUCCUGAGGGUGUUUCAAUGGGCAAGCGUGUGGUCGGACCAGACUUGACCAAAGGUCAAACUUUCCAACUACUGAUACCAGGCGACCACUGGCAGAGUGCUAAAUGUCUAGAUGGCGGAAAGUGGACAUUGUUUGGCUGCACCGUUAGUCCAGCCUUCGAGUAUAAGUAUCUUCAGAUUGCCCCAGAUGAUUUUAAACCAAAAGAAGGUACCGACUGAAGUCCAAUAAUACUAUUUGGCUGUUUCAGAGGGCAAUUCAUAUGUUAAUCUUUCCCUUCACUGGCAGUAUUUUUUGUUGUCUAGUUUUUGUUCGUUGCCAAUUGUUUAAAUAAAUAAAUAAAAAUAGAGUGUAAAGUUCUUCUUGGAAGGGAACUGAUUAUCUAAUAUAAUUAAUACUAGCCUAUAUACCGAACAGUAGUGUACUUUACUUAAAUUUUUUCUCUUAUUUUUCGUCAUCUUCCAGCGACACGGCCGCAUUCUCCAAAAACUACACUCUGCAGAACAUGUUCAACUUUUAUGUUAACAUAUAGGCUCCAAUUUCACUUUUUCUAUAUCAUAUUUUUGUUGUUUGUCACUUAAAUGUCAUUUUGUCUACCAAGCAUAACAUAUUUCUGGAUAUUUGAUAUAUAGACCAAUAAAAGUUUUUGCAUGGAGGUAAAAAAUAAGGGUUUUGGUGUUAAAUUAUUUAUUAUUAUUUAUGUAGGCCUAGGUAUAAUACAAACUAUCCUUACUGUAAUAGGCCUAAACAAAAUGGAAUAAACGUUGCCAUCAUAUGCAUUCUUAUACUUUAUUUAAUAUUCACUUUAAAUGUACAGUAGACAAAAAAAUACCCCUCUUUAACAAACACAUCACAUUCUUUAGUAUAACAAGUUAGUUAUAUAUGAAAAGUAUAGAACUGCAAGAAGUCCGACUCUUGGGUUUUCGUUGGAACACAAUCCUUUUUCAAAAAGCAUUACCAUGAGCUAGAGGGCAUCCUUUAAAAAACGUAAAAGGUGUUUGUAUCGAACAUGUCCUAUGUCAAAACAUAGCCCCAUACAGCACCCUCUAUCUUGUGGUAGUACUUCUUUAAUGUUUCAGUAAGUGCAUACAAAAUCAGAGCAGUCAGACCUCUUGUAAUUCUAUACUAUUUGCUUAUAUAUAAAUAAUUUGUAAUAAAUGCAAGUAAAUUCAAACAUAAUAGAA